AUGGAGCAAGGGGGCGGGGGAAGGCGAGGCUUUGCCCUGCUGCACAAGACCAUCGUGGCCUUGUCCUGGGGCUCAAGCAACAGAAUCCAUCAACGAUCCCUGAAGACCCCCAGCAAAGCAAGCCUUGCCUUCCUCACCCCUUUAACACUGCUUCGAGCCCCUCUCAGCCCCUCGAUCUCGAUGGCCGAUGCCACUUUGAAGGCCUUGCGCAAGAAGCUGGGUGAUCUCGAGGACGAACUCGAUGCAGUCACCGAAGCUAAGGUUGAGCUGGAGGAACAGGUUAACAGCCUGAAAUCGGAGCUGGAGGCUGCCAGAGGUGAAGACCUGAGAGCUGCACUACAAGAUCUGCAGGAGCGGCACGAGUCUGAGCUGAAGAAGGCACAGUCAGCAAAAGAAGAACUUGAGCAGGCCCUCAGCUCCAAAGCGGACUUGGAGGCAAAAAUCGCUGCUCUGCAAGAAGCGGUGACGAGUCCUGUCGCGGCAGAUGCAGCAUCUGGGUCGCUUGCUGAUGAGCGUGCCCAGAACGAGAAGUUGCUUUCAGAGGUGCGCGAGCUGACUGCCCGAAACGAUGCUCUGGAGGCGGUGGAGGCCAAGGCGGACGGAGACCAGCGCUCGGAGCUACAAGAGGAGCUGGAGCAAGAGCGUCAGCAGCGGCAGAGCCUCGAAACAGAGCUUCAGGAUCUCCGAAGGGCCCGCGAUGAUCUGGACGAUGUCCUGGAAAAGUCGCGUGCAGAGCGAAAGGCAGAUGGGGCGGAGCAAGCGGCCCAGACGGGCAGGUUUGUGAUCGGUGAAGUUGGCACAGACCAAAAUCAAGGUGCGAGCGACUGUCGCGAGUAUGCCAGGAACUGGAAUCCGACCGAGACAUGGCCACCCUGGCUCGUCAGCUCUUUCGAUUCUAUCUUGCAAGCCAAGUUUACCGUUGUUGCAGAGGCACUAGAGCGCAUGCAGUCCGCCGAGCGCCUUGCGGCCGCAAAGUCCGCCAACCUCGAGGAGAUGCAGAGCGCCAGAGCCACCGAGGCGGCGCGAGCAGAUUCUUUGGCAAAGGAGUUGGAGAGACGGACGGCUUUGACAUGUGCUAUGCUGGCCGCCGGGACCUUGAGAGUGCUGCGACAAAGCAGGUUGCCGUCUGGGUUCGCACGCCAUGCUGCCGCGGUUGCGGCUCGCAGGUGGCCGGAGCAGAGCCUCAUUUUCGAGCCUGUUUGGGAGCCGCAGCCAAUGCAGUUGUCGAUAAUGCGAUAUGCGAACAUGUUCGAAACCUAUUUCGUCCUUCGAGAGGCUAAGCAGCGUGUCGUCGGUGGACAAACAUUUCAAGAUGUUGAUAGCUUCAAUUUGCGAUUUAUGGAUCGAUUCAUGGCGUUCCAUGCUGAGGCUCUGCCAGUCUGCACGAUGCAGUGGGCUUUGGUGCUCUGCAGUGCACUGGCUGUGCAGGCUGAACCUGCUGUAGAGGUGCACAUUGUCCCCCACACACACGAUGAUGUGGGCUGGCUGAAAACCGUUGAUGAAUACUUCACGGGCCAGAACAACUCCAUUCAGCGCGCUUAUGUGCGCCUGAUCCUGGACACGGUGGUUCGCUGUUUGGAGCAGAACCCGGACCGGAAGUUCACCUACGUCGAGACGGCUUUCUUCGCCCGAUGGUGGAGGCAGCAGGAUAACUCUACCCGGCAGCUGGUGAGGCGCCUUGUCAGCUCCGGGCAGUUGGAGUUCAGCAACGGUGGCUGGUGUAUGCAUGAUGAAGCAGCGACCCACUUCCUGGACAUGAUUGACCAGACAACCUUGGGGCACAAGUUCCUCAUGGAAGAGUUGGGCGCUGCUCCUCGGACUGGCUGGCAGCUGGAUCCUUUUGGGCACUCGUCGACGCAGGCUGCACUCCUCUCCGCUGAAGUGGGCUUCCAAGGGCUCUUCUUCGGCCGCAUUGAUUACCAGGACCUCGAAUUGCGACGGGAGAAGAAGGAGGCAGAGUUCAUCUGGCGGGCUUCUCCAUCCCUCGGUGCAGAUGCGCAGGUCUUCACAGGCCUCACAGGCGAGUAUGGAGGAAAUUAUGGCCCACCAGCUGGCUUUGACUGGGAUGUGACUAGCUCGGACGAGACAAUCCAGGACGACCCUGCUCUGGAGGAUUACAACGUGAAGUCGCGGGUGGACGACUUCGUAGCUGUUGCAAUGGUUCAGGCAAAUCAAACCCGCGGCCGUCACAUCAUGAUGACAAUGGGCUCUGAUUUCCAGUACGAGGAUGCUUUCACGUGGUUCUACAACCUGGACAAGCUGAUACGCCAUGUGAACGCGGAUGGUCGUGUGCACGCGUUCUAUUCGACCCCUGGAAUGUAUGUCGAUGCCAAGAAAAGCGAAAAGAUCACUUGGCCCAUGAAGGAGGACGACUUCUUCCCUUACGCGGAUGGCCCCCAUCAGUUCUGGACGGGUUAUUUCACAUCCCGUCCGACGCUCAAGCGAUACAUCCGAGACACCAGCGCCUUCUUCCAGGUGGCGAAGCAGAUCAGCGUGAUCAGCAACCAGCCCGCCUCCCAAAUGGAAGGCUUGAACGCCUUGGCCGAGGCAAUGGGAGUUGCGCAGCAUCACGAUGCCGCGAGUGGCACCGCCAAGCAGCACGUGACUUUCGACUAUGCGAAGCGCUUGGCCAAAGGAAGGGCGGCGGCUCUUCCAGGCGUGUCUGCGGCCUUAAAGCAGCUCACGCAAGCCCCCGACUCUUCCGACUUCGUCUUCUGCGACCUCCGGAACGUCUCUGUCUGCGCUCCCACGCAAGCCGUCGGAAAGACCACUGAGAGGAGCUGCUUUACCCUUUGGAACGGCUUGGGCCACGCCAGGGAGGAGCUCAUUGAGCUGCCCGUGAGUACGGAGAAGCUGGAAGUGGUGAGUGGCACCCGUGGUGUCCAGGGGGCCGUGGAGUUCCAGAUCGUCGAGUCGCUGCCCUCUGUAACGAACUACGGCGCUCCUGCAGGAGGGGCCAGCAAGACGCUGCUGGUGGCUGUGAAGCUGCCGGCUGUCGGACACGCGAGCUACUGCCUUCAGACUGCAGGCGUUGCAGCACCCACCGCGAAGCUCGCAAACAUCUCCCAAGGAGCUUGUCAGGCCCUGGAGAACGAAAACCUGAAGCUGUGGUUCUGCGGUGGUAUGCUGGCGAAUAUCACGGACAAGCUGAGCAAGACUUCUACACGUGCUGAGCAGUCGUGGAUGUGGUACAAGGCAUCCGUGGGCGACGCAGCGAGCUCUCAGGCCAGUGGUGCCUACAUCUUCCGGCCCAACCGCUCUCAGGCACUUCCGGUCUUUACCGGCUUGCCCUUCAUGCGCGUGUUUCGCGGGCCGCUUGCCGACGAGGUGCACCAGCAGGUGGGUUCCUGGAUCUCGCAGCGGACUCGCCUGGCCCGGGGUGCAAGGCAUGUUGAAAUUACUUACACCGUGAGUGAUAUCCCGGUCGAUGAUGGCUGGGGGAAGGAGAUCGUUUCCCGCAUAAGCACCGACAUCAAGACUGGCGGCACUUGCUACACAGACAGCAACGGCCGGGAGAUGUUGCAAAGAAAACGAGACUUCCGGCCAACUUGGAAAUUGAAGCAAACCGAGGAGGUUGCAGGAAACUACUUCCCUGUGACGACCUCCCUGUACAUCAGGGACACGGCUGCCCAGCUCACGGUCCUCACGGACGUCGCCCAGGCCGGCACCGGCUGCGUACGAGAUGGUGAGAUCGAGCUGAUGGUGCACCGCCGGCUGCUGCAGGAUGAUGGCCGUGGUGUUGGCGAGCCAUUGAAUGAAACGGAGUUUGUGACCCCCUAUGUUGGAGACAAGAAUGAUCAGGGCCGGCACUACGGACCUGGCCUUGUGACCCGGGGAGUGCACGUGCUCCACUUUGGGCCACCGGCCACAGCUGCGGCCACAUGGCGGCCUCUGAUGGACCGCAUGUACAUACCGGUGCAGCCCUUCUUUGGAGGUGGCAAGGCAGCGCCAAGCGUCGGAUCCUUCUCCUUGCAGGGUGACCUGCCGCCAAGCCUGCAGGUGCUCACACUCUCGCAGUGGGAUGAAACGCAUAUUCUUCUUCGAAUUGGACAUCAAUUCGGGAUCGGCGAGGACUCCGAAUUGUCCAAACCGGUGUCUGUGGACAUCAAGUCGGUUUUGGUAGGUGCAACCGUCCUCUCCAUUGAAGAGCGAGGAUUGGCGGCAACUAUCACCAGGGAUGAAGUCGAGCAGCGUCGUAUCCCUUGGCAUGUGGAAGGGUCGAGCCGGUCCAAACAGCGCUCCGACGUCUUCACCUUUGGCCCGCUUCAAAUCAGGACCUUCUUCGUGCAGAUUGCCCACCAGAGUGAGACGAAGCCAGGACAAGCCAGACCCGACUUGUCCUCCCUGGCGGCUCGCGUUGCAUGGGCCAAGGAGCGGCCGACGGGCGCGCAGAGGUGGGAGCUCCUCCCACACUACUGCCAGGUCGUGCAGGGUCGGAGAGCUGAGCACAGCGGCCGUGGCUGGCUUCAGGUGACCACCCGUCUUGCGGCAGAGGAAACUUGGACCUCGAAAGGGAGGUCCGAUCAAUCUCCGCGGGUCCGCGAGCACUUUGUGGUCUUCGAGCUGCCUCGUGAAACGAGCGGGGUCGCAGAGGACUUCCGAAUAGCUGCUGUGAAACCUGGUGUGCCGGCAGAGUCGUGCAGAGUGCGAAGCUGGCUCAGCUGCAGGCCGAGCUCCAAAAGAGCACUCAGGCACACGUUGAAGAGCAACGGAAGGCUUCCGACUUGCAGGGCAGAACACAUUACCUACCCAAGCUUUGCAGCCGGAGUGUCCUCCUGCGAUGGUCCGCUACAGGAUCGCAUCCGCUGCUUACCGCUGCACCGCAAGAGUGUAGUGGAGCAGGGACUGGGCAGCGAUGGCAUCAGGACAGCUCGGACCUUGCAAGUCCACGAGGUCAGGAUUAUUCCUCUGGUCCGACAGAACAUGGAACCGGUCACGCCGACCGUGUCGCGAAGAAAGACCGCCGAGGACGCAUCGCGGCAGAUGUUCGACAAGCGGGAGCUGCGAAAGCGCAACAAGUCGAUCUACCUUGAAAGACUGGGCUCUUGGCGCCAGCUGCAGAAAGAGGUCCCAGCAAGCUCCGACAGCAGGCCGUCUUCUCGUGUACGAGUCUACAUCCGGAAGCGACCUUUGUUCGAUCACGAGGAGAGGCUUGGGGAGUUCGAUGUCGUGAGUGUGAAGGGGGAGCAGCAGGUGGUCAUCCACAACUGCUUGACGAAGGCAGACUUGCGAUCCCUUUACGUCUCUCACAUGGGCUACCAGUUCACAGAAGCUUUCAACGAGGCUGCCACCAAUGACGAUAUUUAUUCCCGCUGCGCUGCACCAGCUGUGCACCAUGUCUUGGCGGGGCAGGUGGCAACACUCUUCCUUUUCGGGCAAACGGGCAGCGGCAAGAGCCAUACCAUGACUGGGCUCAUGCGACGAGCAGUACAAGAUCUGUUUGCAGAAAGCGAAACAGAUUCUGUCACUU